CUCUGACCUGGCUGCGCUGCGGGCUGAAGAGGACCCAUGGAGCCCUGGGCAAGGUGCGUCUUUCUCCUCUUCCUGCAGUUACUUCCAGGGGGACGUGGGGAUAUGUUGCCAUCAGAUGCUGGGAAGAUUGUGGGUGGCCAAGAUGCUCUGGAAGGACAGUGGCCUUGGCAGGUCAGCCUGUGGACAGCCGAAGAGGGCCACAUAUGCGGGGGCUCCCUCAUCCACCAGAGGUGGGUGCUCACGGCUGCCCACUGCUUCCGCAGGUCUCUGAACCCUGGCUUCUACCAUGUGAAGAUUGGAGGAUUGACACUCUCCCUUCUGGAGCCCCACUCAACCUUGGUGGCGGCGAGGAGCAUCUUUGUCUACCCCACCUACCUCUGGGAAGACACGUCUAGUGGAGACAUUGCCCUGAUCCAGCUGGACACUCCUCUGCAGCCCUCUCAGUUCACUCCCAUCUGCCUCCCAGAAGCCCAUGCUCCUCUUACCCCUGGAACUGUGUGCUGGGUAACAGGCUGGGGGUCCACCCAGGAAAGAGUCUUGGCCAGUGUCCUCCAGGAGUUGGCUGUGCCCCUGUUGGACUCAGAGGAGUGUGAGAAGAUGUAUCACAUCCCGGAGACCAGCCAGUCAAGGAAGCAAAUUAUCCAGGCAGACAUGCUCUGUGCAGGCUUUGUAGAGGGCCAGAAAGACUCCUGCCAGGGUGACUCAGGGGGACCAUUGGUCUGUGCCAUCAAUGGUUCCUGGAUCCAGGUCGGGAUCACCAGCUGGGGUUUUGGCUGUGCUCGGCCAUACAAGCCUGGUGUAUACACUCAGGUGCCUGCCUAUGUAGACUGGAUUCAGAAAACCCUGGCAGUGAACAACUCUGAUGCCUGCCAUUCCAGAGGCUCUGGGGCACACCAAAUACUGCUCCUAGUGCUGUUGGCCUUUGUCUUGCCAUGGGUUCUGUGAACCACAAACUCU